UUUGCCUAUCGAUUUAAAAUACAGUAGUUCCCUAAUCAACAUUUGCCGUGAAGUAAAUAAAAGUUGUUUACAAAAAUCUGUCAUGGCAGACGACUUGCAAAAUUACAAAUUGCAAUUACAACAAGUAGAAGCAGCAUUGCAAACAGACCCAUAUAAUGAGGAACUUUUAAAACUGAAAGGAGAUCUUGAGGAAGUUAUACAACUAACAAGAGACCUGAUUAAGACUCAGUUGGAGGAGCAACGAAAAUCGUCCUAUGUAGAACCCUCCUCAUCUAAAGUUGCUUCUUCAAAUUAUUUUGACGAAAUUGAAGCAGCUCUUCUUGAGGCCGAAAAACUUGUUAGCUCCGCGAAAAUAUGGAAAAUUGGAGAUAAAUGUCAAGCGAAAUGGAAUGAAGAUGGACAGUACUAUGAUGCUACAGUCGAUGGUAUUACCGAUGAGGGAGAAGUUAGUGUAAUAUUCGAUGCUUAUCAAAAUCGUUCAACCACGACUAUAAAAGAACUGCGGGAGCGCACAGUCCGCAAUGAGGUGUUCCCAUCUAACAAACGUCACAGACCAAACCAAAAAGAAUAUUUAAAGAAACGAAAACAGAAAAAACAACAGCGCUUUAAAGAUUUGGAAGAAGAGCGUGAGUCAGAUAAAAACAAAUGGCUUAACUUUACAACAAAAAACCAGAAAAAGCCGGGCAUGAAAGUCAAGAGUAUAUUUGCGUCGCCUGAUAAUGUAAGUGGACGAGUCGGCAUCGGUACUUGCGGAACUGCUGGGAAAGGCAUGACUGACUUUACUGUGGGAGAAAAAUAUCGCAAAGGCCUCUAAACUGUCACAAAUGAUGAAGCAAAUGUUUUAUAAAUGCGUUAACAUUAAAGUAAAUUCACCGCACAA